GGGCCCUCUGCGUGCGUCACCCGCUCCUCUGGACGGGCUUUAAGGAGGGCUUGACGCUGCCCUGCCUUAAUUUAUAGCUAUGUGCUAUGUAGGUCCUUCCUCCUGGGUGGCCUGGGGGUGGUAUGGAGAGGCUGGUGGGGUAAAUAACCCUGUGCCCUGGCUUUAUCUGAAAGCAAUCAAGAGGAAAGGCACGUCUCCUGCGCUGGUGGGGCUGAGCCUGGAUGCUCCCCUCCCCAGGAAGGGGGUCAGGGAUCUCUUCCCCCCGGCCCUUACCCGGGCACACAGCCAGCAUCGCAGAGGCGCUGGGGGGGGCUGAGGGGACUCAACUUUCCUUUCUGACUGCCCCAGCCCCAUGGGGGCUGCCACCGAGGUGAGGAUUUGUCCCUGGAGCUUCAGGACACUGGGAGGGAUCUGAGCUGGGAGUCCAGGCUCCGGCAGCCUGCCGAUGGAGGGGAAUCCCUGGCAAAGUGUAAAGCCCCGUUUGCGGGGUGGCCUGCCUGAGCACAGGUUUCACUGCUCGGCUUAUUUCCUGCUCAGUGCUCACUUAGCAUCUCUAAUAUCCCAGGCAGCGAGCGUAACAGGCAGACACAGCGUAGCGGGUACCUGCAAGGUGUCUGAAAACAGCCAGACUGGACGUGGCACUGGCGCAGUCCCGUCGAGGAGCUGAGUUUUGCAGUUAAUAUUCUCUGUGUCUCCUCGCCACCUUUGUUUUGGAAGCGACUGGCCCUCUAACUGCAUUGAAUUGCCCGGCUACCUUGCACAGCCGGGAUCUAAUUACCUCUGGAGCUGGGAGCCCCAUCUCCAAGAGGCACCCAGGCUUUUGUUUUUAAUGACUUGCUGUGCUGCAUUCAGAGGGUGACAAUGUAGGGGAGCCCGCCAGGACCGGCUGCUGGUGCCACCGUGCUCGCACCGUCAUGGCUGGGAAAGCUGAUAGGAGUUGGGAUGUCUUGGGCCAAGCAUCUGUGUCACGGCGCUGGGUUGAAAACAGAAUAAAUGGGUCUAGCAAUGAGCACAGCUCUCUGCCGUGUCCUGGGAAACAAUCUGGAUCGUGUCCUUCUCUAUCGUGAUGCUCUGGCAGAGGGAAAGCGUGGUCAAAUCCAUCUGUACACCCCCAACCUGUGGCAGGGCAGCCCCCAGAAGGAGCAAGGAGCUGAGGGGGACCGGGCUCUCGCCUCCCUCGCCGUGCCGCAAGCUAUCUCCGGCCUCCUGUUAAUGUUUACAAGGCAGGUCUGGCGUCGUCUGUCCAAAGACCAGAAACCUCCCCAGCUCUCCCCAGGAUCCUGCUUCGCUGGCCGGGGCAGGGCCACAGGACGGUCGCAGGGAGGAAAAACGCAGCUCCCCGCUGCCUCUGUAACGCUGCCGGCCCCGCUCUCCCUCCAGCCAGCUCCGGCUCCACUUCCCUUCUCGCGGGCGCAGAUGAGUAAUGCCACGCGUGCCUUGUCCUCUCCCAUGGCACCCGGCACCCCGGGGCCCGGCACGGCAGCCAGGCUGGCCUUGGCUUCCCCAUCCCCGGCCCUCGUCCUGCUCACGGCCGCCCACAACAGCUCUGAGAAUGGCCAGCAGCUUUUCCUGACCACGACAGCAGCACAGGUCAUCUCUGGCAUCUUCGUGUGGUCGGCGCUCAUCGUCACCUUCCACCAGAUCUACACGCACCUGAGGAAUUACACCAUCCCCAAGGAGCAGCGCUACAUCAUCCGCAUCCUAUUCAUUGUGCCCAUCUAUGCCUUCGACUCUUGGCUCAGCCUCCUCCUCCUCGGCAGCCACCAGUACUAUGUCUACUUUGACUCGGUGCGUGACUGCUACGAAGCUUUCGUGAUUUACAGCUUCCUGAGCCUGUGCUUCGAGUACCUUGGUGGGGAGAGCACGAUCAUGGCAGAGAUCCGAGGGAAGCCCAUUGCGUCCAGCUGCUUUUAUGGGACCUGCUGCCUUCAGGGUAUGUCCUACUCCAUCGGGUUCCUGCGCUUCUGCAAGCAGGCCACGCUGCAGUUCUGCAUUGUGAAACCCCUCAUGGCGAUCAUCACCAUCAUCCUGCAGGCGUUUGGGAAGUACCACGACGGGGACUUCAAUGUCCAAAGCGGCUACCUCUACAUCACCAUCAUCUACAACUUCUCCGUCAGCCUGGCGCUGUACGCCCUCUUCCUCUUCUACUUCGCCACCAUGGACCUGCUGCGCCCGUUUGAGCCGGUCCUCAAGUUCAUCACCAUCAAGGCAGUCAUCUUCCUCUCCUUCUGGCAAGGGACAUUGCUUGCAAUCCUGGAGAAAUGUGGGGUGAUCCCUGAAGUUCAGAUCAUCGAUGGGAAGGAGGUGGGAGCUGGGACGGUGGCUGCUGGCUACCAGAACUUCAUCAUCUGCAUUGAGAUGCUCUUUGCUUCCAUUGCCCUGCGCUAUGCGUUCACCUGCCAGGUGUACAGAGAAAAGAAAGAAAACUCAACAGCAAACCUUGCCCCGAUGCAGAGCAUCUCGAGCGGGCUAAAGGAGACCAUAAGCCCCCAGGACAUCGUGCAGGAUGCAAUCCACAACUUCUCGCCCGCAUACCAGCAGUACACCCAGCAGUCCAUGCAGGAGGCAGAGCGCAAAGCGCCGGGAGAGAACGGGCACGUGGUCUCCAAGGUGGAGGGACUGAGCGGCAGAAAGAGCAAAAACAUUGAGAAAAGAGUGCUGAUCCUGUCGGAUGAGGAGCUGUAGGAGACGUCAGAGGUGACAGUGAUACUGGAGAGGUUUAAACCCAUGCAAAUGGGAGCUGUCUGAAGGCUGAGACAACCUGGUCUAAUUGGAGUACCGAGAAGCCAGGAAUUCUACCUGAAAAGCCAGCCUCUUGAAGGGAAGAUGCAAUAACCCAGGGAAAGGUUAAAUCAAACAGUGCCAGCUUCUGCUGUCCCAUCUCUACUGGUGUUAGGGACUAGGCUGACUCUGCUCCUGCGACUAAGCAGCCUUGCCUUGCUGUCUGGGCUUUGCGGCCCCACUGCUGGUGUCUCGAUGCCAGCCCUGGGGGAUGCCAGGAAGGGAGGGGAGCCAGGCUGCAAGACGGACCAGCCGCCCUCGCCCUCCUCUUACCUCCAAACAGUGCUGAGGCCUGCCAGAAAUGCUUUUCUCAGCACAGUUCUGCUCUAGUUUCUCCCAAUUUGAGUAAAAAAAUGAUCUCAAAGGGCCCCGUGGAGAAAACCAGCCCAGGAAGGUGACUUCACUUCACCUCAAAACCCGGUAACGGCUGAAAGACGUCAUUCCUUAUUUUUACAUCUUCUCCCCUCUCCUUCUCCCAGAAAAGCCUACGGAGUUGUGCAGAAGACCUUUACUAGGGAGGAAGAGUAAGUCCUCCUCUUCUCCCUCCAGAUGGGGAUGCAGCUGCCCGAGUAACUCCCCUGGGAGCAGCAGUGAGGUCCCACUCGGGGCUAACGCACGGUCUCGGUCUCGCAGCUGCAUUUCUGAGAGCUGCCUGUGACAGAAGCGCUUGUUUAUGUCUAAACCGACUUAUCUCUGAAUGGAUCAGAAGUUAAAAGGGACUCGAGCUUCCUUAUCAGAGGCUUUAUUAGGAACCAGACUGUGACUGGUGGUGGUAGGAAUGCACUUAUUGCAAACUGUCUGUUCCUCCUAACCCCCGUCCCUGGGCUUUGCCCAACCUGUGGGAGGGCAGGCAGGAGCCAAGCCGGCCGGGUGAUGGUGGCGGGGACAGAGGGGUGGCUGGGGGCUGCCGCCGCUCGGGGCACGACCGCU